AUGGCAUCCUUGCGAUCCGCUCGCCCAUCGGUGCACCGCUACACGCGUCUUCCCCAGCGCCUCCCCCAACGGCGAACCUUCCUCCCCAACCCUUUCGAAGCACUAAACUCCGCCCUCCCAUCUUCGUCCUCGCCACCUCAAAUCCUGACCGCCGUGCGAACUCUCCCUUACCCCUCGGACCCCGUCUACUCCAUCAUAGCCGACGUACCCAACUACCAAAACUUCCUGCCCUACUGCCAACGCAGCGACAUAACGAAGUGGUCGGCACCAGAUAAAGUUCAUGGCCGGCGGUGGCCAUCAGAAGGCAUCUUGACGAGCGGCUUUGGUGGCAUAACCGAGAGUUUCGUGAGUAGGGUGUAUUGCAUACCGGGACGCUAUGUGGAAAGUGUAGGCGGGAACACGGAAACGAGCUUGAAGAUUGACGAUAUCGCCCAUCACUUAGAUGGGGAGAAGCAGGGAACAGAGAGGAAACAAGGCGAAAAUGGUUUGCUUACCCAUCUACGGAGUACGUGGACUGUCGAGUCUAUCCAGAACGACCAGACACAGGUUAGUUUGGCGGUAGAGUUUGCUUUUGCAAAUCCCAUGUACGCGGCCUUGAGUGGGGGCGUCGCGCCCAAGGUGGCAGAAUUCAUGGUCAAGGCUUUCGAAAAGAGGGUGCAAGAGCUGUUGAACAACAACCCGGACAUGGUAAAGGCGAGUUUAGCGGAGCUGGAUGGCAGUCGAUUGAAGAGGUAG